AUACAUUGUGGCAUUGUUAUAUUGCCUCCCAAGGUCUCCCUUUCUUUUCUUUUGUCGUCAUUACGCGGCGCUCAUGGCACUUUCUGGAGGAUUGGUCGGGAAGAAAGGAAGCAGAAAGUAAAUUGCUUUACAACAGUAGUGUGCUUGCCUGGCCAACUUCCCUCUCCUGUUGUAAACAUGCGGCUUCUGCUUGGUCCUAUGUGUGGUGUCCGACCUGAGGGCCUUUCAGUGUGGUCUUGGACACCGUACCGAAAUAUAUAUUGACAGUAGCUAAGUUGGCAGAGGAAAUCGUAAGACGGAGGUGCGCUGUCAAGUUUUAAGCAGAAGGAGCUUGGUGAACGUAUUGUGCAACUGCGUUCAUCAUGGUUUCCUCGAUGUACACGUACAGAAUUUUCGAGGUGGGGCCCAAUAUGGCAACGUGCAAGAGACGGUUGUCCUGCCCUCAAACCGUGCAGCACCUGUGGGAUGCCGUAGACAAUGUCCGCCAGCAGAAGCAGAUUGCCAAUCUGGAUAGGAUAGCGAACUACAUGCGGCGGAAGCACGGGCUAAGUGCUGGAGACACGGAGCGUCAGCUGGGUCAUGGGGUACGGGAUGGCCUGCUGGUGGCGCGCAGGCGGGUUGGCUUCAAGGGGUCUAAGGUCGGAGUGGAACAAGAGGCGUACAUGCUUCCUGAGGGAGCAUUGGAGAGGGACGGACACGACUGGUAUUGCUUUGAGUGUCACAGAGGAGGAGAUGUUCUCUUGUGUACGUCUUGCCACAGGGUUUAUCAUGUAGUGUGCGUCAAAGAGGACCUCUCCAACGAAGACAAAUUUGUCUGUUCCAUGUGUCAGUUAAUAAAAUCCAAGAGCCAAUUUAAAAUGAAAGCUGAAGAUUUGAACCUUCUUCUCGGUUACACCUGUAUGCGUCUCAAAAAUAAAGUUUGCUCGACGAGAGACCUGAGUCGGCUCGCGCAUGUUGAGGGGGACGGUUGGAAACAGAACCAACUCAUCUACGAAAAGAUGGAUCUCACGGCCAUUGAAGAAAAAACAAAAAAUAAUGCAUACACCUGCCUGGAAGAAUUCCAAGUGGAUGCACAGACCAUAGUUCACAACGUUGUCAUUUAUUAUGGAAUUCACAGCAGCAUGGCAGACAUGGCCAGACAAAUGCUACGAGACUGCUGCUACGACCUUGGGGAAAUUCGUCAGUGUCACGAGUGCUACCGCAUGUCGAAUGAGAAACAGGACAAAUUUUGGUUCUGCCAGCCAUGCAGCCGGCCCCACGACUUGGUGUUUGCGAAGCAGAAGGGAUUCCCCUACUGGCCUGCAAAAGUAAUAAGGGUGGACGAUGACUGCUACGACGUCAGAUUCUUCGGUGGACAUCAUCAAAGGGCAUUUGUAGAUAAAUCAAAUAUCAAGCCCAUUACCACGAGCCUAAAAGCAGUGGCGGCCAAGCGGACCACAGCUCUGAACAAGGCUCUGGAUGAACUGCGGCGACAUCAGCAGUUGUUAGAACAGCUGCACAGUCGACGAAGAAAAUCUCGCUCUCUGUCUCCCCAAUCGCGGACCUGCUCUUCUGGUGAAGAAUCUGAGUCUGAGAGCAGAGAGCAUGAGGAGGACGAUGUUGAUGAAGAGCAGAAUGACUCUGAAUGCGAAGAGGCCCCCUCCUCAUCUCACCCAGCCAAGAUUGCACGACUUGUGGAGGAGGCACCAUCAGAGGACCACAAUGUUGUGUCUUCGUCUAGCCAGGAGUCUCCAACUAGCAGAGUUUCCACAGCAACACAGACACACAAAAAGCUACUAGCAGGGCUUAUCAAAUCAUGUACAGAAGAUGCCGAAGGAAAGUGCAGACAAGUCUGUGCUGAGCUUCGGAAGAAACUUGAAGAAGAAAAGGAGAGUUUCGCAAAAGAGAUCAGAGAAGAGCUGCGCAAACAGUUUGAAGCAGAGAAGCUGAAAGAAGUGAGCUCUGUGUUGGAUCGCAUGAGGGAAGAGCUGGAGCAACAUCAGAAUAAAGACAGGGAGGCACACGAGCAAGAAUUGAACAAGUUGAGGGAGCAACACAGGCAGGAGAUAUCUGAGACCAAGAAAAAGCAAUGGUGUUACAAUUGUGAAGCGGAGGCCAUCUACCACUGCUGCUGGAACACGUUGUACUGCAGCGUGGAAUGCCAGCAGGUCCACUGGCACAAAGAACACAAGCGGUCCUGCCGUCGCAAGCAGUGAUAGUGCUCGAAACUGUGCACGGUGGACGAUGGUGCACUUCAUCAAAGCAAACUUCACCAACGACGCUCAACAGCGUCGACCUUCCCCUGUGUGAGAACUGCAGGAGUAAUCAUUCUUGUUGAGAGUGGGAAGGUUCUGAGACACACCGCUGAUGUCUUCGCAGAGGAGUAUAGACAAAGAAUCAUAUUGUAGCACGUUGAGCAUGGCGUCUUGUGUACAUAUUAUUCAGACCAUCAUCAUUCAGAAACAAAUUCUUUUUGUUUGUUACCAGCACUGUCGUCUCCAUUAUGAAUGGUGCUCGUGCCUGGCAUUAAGGACUUUUUUUUGUGUGCAUGUACUGCUUGUGGCACACUUGUCUGAAAUUCUCAAUCAGUGGUUCAACAGACCGUGUCAGGUUCUGUCGCCUGUACCAGUAUCGUGUAUGAAGGUGGACCGUAUGCCACAGUGUUCUAUUAGUCAGGAGAAAUAGCCUUGCAGCAGCUGGAGAUUUCAGAUAGGAUAGACCAUGAGCUCUCGAUUUCAGAGAAGUAUGUCACAAGCUGUACCUCUUCCAAAUCGUACAGUAUUUCGAUCUUAGAAGAUGAUGAUGUAUGACACUUUAUAACAAAGUGGGAGCCUUCAAUGACGAAGUAGAGAUAAUGCUAGUACUGUUUCUACUUAGUCAUUGAAGUUCAUACAGAUAUCAAGAUAAUAGACUGUAGGUAGCACACAGGAAAGGACGCUAUUCUCUCUCUCCGUCUGCAAGUUUGGACUUCAAUCACACACACACACAUAUAUACAGUUGUUUAGCUGAAGCACUUGAAUGGGAUACUUGUCUGUCGUGCAUACCUCCUUUGGAUUUGCUUGUUUAAACUGCAAUUGUGAAAUCAGCUGCAGUGUAUAUUACAAAAUUUCUGCACUAUUAUUGUACUGCAUGGCGGUACUAUGCAAUUAUGCCCUUUUACGUGGACAGUGUUGGGCAUGAGGUUUCAGCAUUUGUUGUUCUGUUGCUCACUCCACCAUUGGGUGCCUAGUCAUAUUUCAGUAAGUUGCAUGCUGCUUUGGCCUUGCUACUGGUAGUUUCCGGGUGUCAGUGUGUUCUAUUCAUUCGGAGUGGGGCGUCGCACUUCGCCGGGUCUGCACUCUAGCUUUUGUGCUUCAUCUUUCCAUAUGCAUUCCAUUCCAUUCCUGCACCACGGCAGUGCAUAUACCUCUGCGUAAGGUGACUGCUGUAGAGCAUCGAUAAGUUGCGCAGCAAUCACAUUUGUAAAGCCUAAGACCUCUAGACGGAAGCAUGUUACCAUGAUUUAGAGUAAGCCACGAUGUAGCUUCAUUUACAGUUGUAGUUCCCUUUCCUACGAUGCAGCUGCUGUCUGGCAGUUUAAACUAUAGUAGCCACAGUGGCAUGAAUGCGACAGAAGCUCACUGUGUCCACUUAUCGCAGUGAAUCCUCUCCCACCAUGCCUUGCUCUGGAGAGAGUUGGUGCGAGGAGGGGCGAUAAGUGGGUGUGAUAACGCUUCUGUAGCUUUCAUGUAACCUUGGCUAGUGGCACUUAGAACUUGUGCUAAGGUAACUCAUUAUUUAUAGCUCUGUGGAUGUAAAGUAGUGCUAUUUGUUGCUUUGCUAUAAAUAUAUUUCAAUUCACUUUUUGCUAUGCCUGUUCUGGGCUCUUUUAAAUGCGUGGUAAGCCUUCAUUUAGCCACCUGUGUGUCUAUGAUACAAAAAAGUGCAAGUGAGGGCUGUUUAAAAAAACCUACACAGUACACAGGAUGUUACAUUUGACCAGGUUGGUCAAAUAAAUGUGUGUGCUAACCAGUACUGUUCUUCUCUGUUUUUUUUUUUAUCAUGCAGCCUUUCAGAUUGUGUAUUGACUCUGCUGUUGAAACGAUUAGGCCAGUUGUUUUAUGUUUCGAUGAUUUUAGGCUUAACUGGGAGUGGGCUAGGUUGACGACAAAUCUACUUCUACUACUUGACAAUUCAAUCACACAAAAAGUAUCUAGGCAUGGCAAGUGAUUUUGCUAUGUUCUGUGCCAGAAGUGUCCUCUUUCUUUCUACAUCAAUCAGGCCAUUAAUCAAUGCACAUCAACCAAUGCAAUUAAUCAAAUACACAAGUAGUGUCAUCCUAUUUCCAGCAGAGCAAAUGGGCCUAAUACACCAGUUGUGUAAAGAGACACUUUUGGUUGACCUUGCAUUUGGCUGUAAACAACUGCUUCCUGAAGGGAAGUAUGUUAUCUAUCUCCAAGAGAAGAGCCUGCAAAUGAUAACAUGUCUCAGUUGGUAUCUUCUGGGGCCAGUGUAGCAGAAGUGUUUAGGGGAACAUUGAAUUUGAGCAUGCCAAAUGUACCACACAGUUGCUUGAUAGCUUUUGCUGUUCCGGAGAUGUUCCCUACAAUACUAUGUCAAAGCAUACUGUGCACAUCAAAUCUUGAGGAAUAGUGGCAAUUUUUUUGUUCUGCGUGUUAAGUGAAAAUGUAUGCAAUUUCGUGGCAUUUGUGUUUGAAGUGCUUCAGGUUUGUUUUUAAUUUAUUGGAGUAAACCCUUUCACCAUUUGC